AUGUCAACCCAGACCUCCAACAAUAGGAGAGGUCCCCGUGGUGGUGGAAGGGUUGGAAGAGGAGGAAGAGGAGGAGGUCAAAGAUCUAGAGGUCGGGGUGGCGGUGGCGGUGGCGAUGGCCAAAGCAAUGCCCCCAACCGUAGAAGCCAAAGCCGUGGAAGAGGAAGUGGGGGUAGAAGAUCCCAGAACAGAAACAACAGCUCUGGAUCCAAUCAGCAACAGCAGCAAGGCAUCAGUCAAGACGACGCAGCCAAUGUAAGGUUCAAUCUUGGCCCAGCUUCAGACCUAAGAGAUGAGGACGUUCUCAUUGCAUUUAUGCCAUACCUAAAAGCCGACCAUCCGAGGGCUCUGUCCAUCCACGAAGAAUACCAACACACCAAUGACUCCCAGACAUUCUUGAAGGCGACAAGGGAAUUCCUAGCAAACCCCAACAGUGAGCCGCCCACUGAUAUCCAGGCCCAAUCUUCGCCUGCAUCCAUCCCAUCCGAACCGAUGGGAUCUACGUCUCCCAUACCUAUAGAGACAGGACAGGCAACACCACCCAUUCCAAUGUCCUUGCCGCCAACAACCAAUGCAUCUGCUCCAAUGCAAGGAGCUACCACACCAUUACAGGCGGCCAGUACACCGCCGAUGCAAUCCCCAAUAAGACCGCCGAUUGGAUACCCUCAUAGGCCACUGACAACAACACCCGUGUCGAAUAGUAAUCACUCGCCGUUAUCCUUUUCCAUGAGUCAUCCAAUGUCUUUCAAUUCAUCCACAAACUCGCCCACUCCAUUGAGCCAACCACCAUCCUUCUACUUGCCGCCAACCUUGCAGCAGCAAAACAUACAACCCCCGCCUCCUCCUACGCCGCAGGGCUCCAGGCCACCGCUGGGGUUCCCAUCCAACCCAAUGCACUCAUUCAAUAUGAUGGAGUCUUUGGAACUUCAGCUAGACCGCCUGAUGGGCGGCGAUGACGACGACCUGCAACUGUCGGCUCCCCCCACUCCAUCGCAACCUGCAGUGGGCGCUAUAGGAGCACCAACGCCUCGGAACAGUACCAUGAACGGAGGCAACGGGGCCAAUACAGCCGAUGACCGUGCUGCAACAUCGUUCCUGUCGAGCCUCUUGGCAUCGUCACCGUCCACAUCGACAACGACACACAUUCAACCACCACAACCGGAGCAACGUCCGUCGCACCAGCAGUUAUCAUCACAUCAACAAAAGGCAAUGUCUCCAACCAAUCUAAUGGCCCAUCCUUCCAAUAACGUUGUCCUGCCUCCUCCUGGGAGUCUCGUAGCCCCAUCGCCCCAUUCGCCAGUGCCGUCCGACCACACGCCGAAGCCUCCUUCCCAGUCGCACUCGCCACUCUCGUUGACACCGGCGCAAAUGUCGCCAAUCCUCCAAUCGCAAACCACGCCACAACCGCCAAAGCCUCCCCGGAAGGAACCGCCGCAGCAAAAGCGACUAUGGACGCAUAUUGACGAGCAGCCAGGGCGUGUUACCGUCAACGACAUGAACGUCUCGAACCCUCACGUUGUUCUGGAUGUUCGACCCCGUCAAGAGCUUGGAGCUAGAUGGAUGCUGUCGUGGAAGUAUUUGCAACAGCGUGCGGAAGAACUCGCGAGGCGAAAAUUUGAUGCUGCGGACUCGGACGACGAACACGGAUCUCGUCUCCAACAACCCCGCCUCCUGCCCAAGGACGACAACCCGUUGAAUCGAUUAUUGCCGGAUCUUCGGCUGGGUCUCUUUCGCCGUGGGUGUGCAGAAAACGGAUCUCAAGCGUCCAUCAUUUCCAAGUCUGUCAUGGUUUCUGGGGGAGGUAGGCCACCCUACCUGGAUGCCCAGAGUCAAAUGGUGAUCGGGUCGGUUCCUUUUUAUUCCCCAAGGACACCCGGACAUGUGGUCUUUCGUCUGUACUGGGAAGACGACCCUAUCUACACGUUGGCUGUCGGUCCAACUCUACACGUUCGAGUCACAGAGGAUGACUACGAAGGGACAAUUCGAUUCCUCUUGUCCAAUAUGAAGAAGAAAGUCAACCCAACGAGCUUGUCUAGCUUACACUCGCUGGCUUUGGUACUUGAAACACCCUUGCAGCCGCCACAACACCAACGAGGCAGACACCAGCAACACCAACAGCAGCAAUCGUAUGAUCGUGCUGGGAGGGCUACAUGGGGGUGCAUCUGUGAAGCUCGAAAAGUCCUGGAUGCAUGUGCUGGUGAAUAUGCCAAAACGAACCAGAGGUUGGCAAAACUAGCCGCUGCCGUGGAGGAAAUCAAAGCUCAAGUGGAAUUCGAUGCAAGAUCGAAGGAUGGAGACGAAGGAGAUGAAGAACAGACGCCAGCAGCAAAUGAAAUGAACGGGAUUGAUGGCAAGUUUGAUGACGCAAGUCACGAUGCCAGUGGCCCGGAAGGCAGAUCCGACGAACAGCACGAAAAGGACGAAGAACGCGCUCAGAUGCUCAGAGAGAAGACAAGGGCCUUGAUGAGUGGACGUGCUUCUUGUGAGCGCAAGUGGAGAGAUUCUCAACUAGCGUUUGCUAGCAUUCUGAAGGCGGUCGUUUCAAACCCAUCGAUGCCUCUUCUUCUGCGCCAGGAUAUGAUCCAGAAGAUGCGGUUGGAGUAUGAACUAUGGUGUCCUCUUUGCGAAGAGUUUUCCGUUCCUGGUUCAGAAACCCAAAACGAAGUUGCGGCAUCUGAUGCCUUCGAAUCAGAGGCUCCGCCUCAAAUUGCAAUGUGGUACGAGCCACUAAAGUCCUUCCCACCAAUGCUCACUACCGAACACGUUCGAAUCUGCCAAGAAAGCCGAGCAUCGAUGCAAUCGAAGACACUCAACUUUGUGCCGAACACAAGAGCUCUUCAUGACAUCUUGUUCAUCAAGAAUCCUGCUGCGAAGGGCGGAGCUACAAUGAACCCUAAGGCCGUGGCGGUUUUGAAUCAGCUGUCGGGUGCCAUGGGAAAGGUGUUCCAGGAAGUCUUCACAUCCGAUGUAGAGCAGAGGGUGCAUAGGCAAAGAGAAAUUAUCCGAACACAGUUGGAAAUUCUUGUCCAGCAAUGCGAAGCUUUCCCUGCUGGUACGAAGGUUGCAAUCUUUGGUUCUUCCGCAAACGGGUUCGGUACCCCACAAUCUGAUUUGGAUAUGUGUCUACAACUGCCCUACGGUACCACGUAUGGUGACGACGACAACGAUCCAACGGGUUCGCUGGCCAUGUCGAAGCUGGCAGAAACGAUGGAACAACAAUCAGCGUUGGGAUCGGCCACGCCUGGUGGCAUUGUUCUAACAGAUGUUGACACGUCGCGCUUGACGGCUCGAAUCCCCAUUAUCAAGUUCCUUUGUCCAAUUGUGACGGAGGACGGCAACGAAGAUGUCAUUGAUUGCGACCUGAGUAUGCACAAUCCUUUGGCAGUUUUGAAUACAACCUUUCUUCGAACAUAUGCUGAUAUCAAUCCAGUCACUCGUGUCUUGGCAUUCAUCAUCAAGCGCUGGACCAAGGCCCGAGACAUCAACAACCCAGCUCGUCACACACUGAGUUCUUAUGGUUACAUUAUCAUGUUGUUGCAUUAUUUGACGUACCACCAACGUGCUGGCAACGGUCUGAUGGCGCCAGUCGCUGGGCCCGAAGGAAGAACCAUGCGCCAGGCCAAUCAUCCCAUGCCCAAGCCUCUGCUGCCUAACCUUUUAUGGAUGGACAGUACCUGGCCACAAGAACAGCAGCCAGGGCCCUACCGGGAAAUCUCAUCCCGCCCCAAGGUGAUGAUGCAGCACCCAUUUGAGAAGACUAACGUCAAUGGCUACUUCUCUCGUCCCCGAAACCAAACGGAACUGAACGCGCUAGUGCGUCUUUUUCCUGGCCAGGACCUGUCUUUGGCAAUUUUGUUGACAUCUUUUUUCAGGUACUAUGCGUAUGAGUUUGACUACAAGCGUUUCGUGGUGAGCUUGCAUUCGACGGCAUCUCGUGGGUUGGUGGAGCGUGAAGUCAAAGCUGAACUGGAUGGAUGGCGGCACUACAGCGCGGCUUUGACGAUUGAAGAUCCCUUUGAGACGUUUUACGAUGUAGCUCAUGUCUUGCGAGGUGGAUACUACCAUCGUAUCCGGCGAGAGUUUGCAGUUGCCUAUUCGAAGAUUGCGGAUGUCGUGUCCGGUAAUCCCAAGACUGCCUGGACGGAUGCAAAUGGCGAGAAGAAGGAUCCGUGUGGCAUGAGCGGCGACGAGUUGAUCGAAUGGAUUUGUGAACCGGUCGUUGCUCCUGGUGCUGUAGCAGCAGCUCCCACUCCUGGCAUGGAUGUGACGGCCAAUGGAACGCCCCUUGCCACUGCAGCAAUUCCUAUAACUGCACCGGUGCAAGAAUGA